UGUAUCUGUUUCAUAUUAACAUUGAUUUCUCUGCAGGCCCGGGUCCUUUUUGUGAUAAUUGUGCUGAUCCAGCUCACCAUUCUCAUUACUUUUAGGCACCGAGGAUAUCCAGAGCAUAAAGGGUCUCCAGGAUUUAUAAAUUUGACCUCAUUUUCCCUCCACGUCCUGAGCAAACUAAACAUCUUCUAUUAUUCUGUGUUGUUGCUAACCCUAUAUACAGCACUGGGACCAUGGUUUGUUGGUGAGAUCACUAAAGGCAAACUGGGUUGCUGCUUUUCCUUUGGGAUGUUUGUUGAUGGACAUUUCCUACAAGGCAGCCUAACAUUUGUAGUUGGAAUUCUGCAGCUGGCAUUUUUUAACAUACCGUUGAUGGCUUACCUGUGUUGGAGCUUGCUGCAGCGGUGCUGUGGUCACAACUUCCGGUCUCAUCUCCGUCAAGGAAAAUACUUGAAAAUUGUACCUGUUCACCUACUUAUGUUACUGCUGUACAUCUGGCAGAUUUAUUCCUGUUACUUUCUUCAUAUGACAUACGGCGCUCUAGCUUUUUUCUUCUCCCCUUUGCGGACCUGGUUGACACUGUUGACACCUGUUAUCAUUCGUGGUGUGUGGACUCUGAACUCUACCGAGCUUGGAACCUUCAUAGCACAGUUAAAAAGCCACUUGAGCUCCUGAAGGCCUUGCCUCACCAUCUGCCCCUGGAGCCCAGGCCUCUGCCCCAGCUGCAGGUAGAAGGCCAGAAGGCCAGUGCUGAUGGGCAAGCUUCAGGGAGCUGCUGCUCUCUGGACACCUAGGAGUUGGGGGGAUUACCCACUUCUGAUUCCUGCAGAAUGGACUGCAGAAAAAUCUCUAAAUAAUGCCACGAUUCCUUCCUUCUCCAAGAAGGCAGGGGAUUGAUUUACUUUUGUGAAGAGAAAGUUCUAAUCAGGAGAUCCACAGGGCAGGGUCUGGAUGUGUGUAUGGGAGUAUCAGAAGCCCAGUGUAUUUUUUAUGGUUACCUCAUGUAAAGUACCUAGCACAGUAUGUGGACCUCAGUAGCCGGCACCACUUCAGAGUCAGGGAAGCAGUACGAACUUGAGGCCUCCCCUGACUACCCUCGAGAUACUAGCUCCAAGUCUUCUUUUCUCUCGGGGUUAUGGGCUCUCGGCUUCUUUAGGUGUGGGUGCUUUCAGCUAAUCAAAUAAAAGAGUGAUGAUUAAGAA